UUUGUCUGGCUCCCCCUCCCCCACCCCUUCCUUUUUGAAGUGUCAUCUGCAUUUAUGGUUUGAGAAGUUGCCGAUAGAGGGAGGUACUGAUGCCUAAAUGCGCCUUGGGCAGGUCCUGUAAUUUUGAGGCUGGAUUUGGCGUAUUUAGGGCAAUUAAACUAUGUGGAGAUUUACUUGAAGAGGAAGUUGAUAAUUACUUCUUACUGUAGUAUCUGAGAAACAAAAUGAUUCUUUUAAUAAGUAAAUAACCUGUAGACAGUGUAAACUCAGAAUAUAGUGGUACAUUUUCAAUUAUGAGACUUUCUACCAAAAAAAAACUACAGCAGAUAUAGACAGAAGGGUUUUAUAACCAGCUUUGUGCUGGUGGUGCAAUGAGCAAAACCCACCGAAGUGUUUGCAGAAGUGGAAAUAACAACAUUCUCCCUGCUGUAUCCAGUAAUAACUCUGCAGUGAUCACUGACAAUAGUACUAGCAUUCACAAUCGACGUAUUGCACGAAGCAGCAACUGGAGAGGUUCUACGUCAGGUGUAGAUGAAGACAGUGAUGGUGGGGGUGGAGUAAAUAGACCUAGUCGAACUAUUCCUAGUAAAAAGAGAAAUGUGCAAGGGGAUACUGUUGUUCAAAAUCCAUCAAACCUCUCUCGCUCACCUCACAAAUUCAGGGAUGCCAAUGAAGGCUCAAGACAAGAUGGUUCUCCUAUUCCUGGCAAGGGCCGAUUGCAAUCAUCUCAGCACUCCCCAGCAGGCCGUGUAACUAGUUUCCAAAGCCGCAAUAACAACUAUAGCAGUUGCACAGGAUUUGGCACAACGGGGACGGGAAAUUCUGGCCUCGGACAUUCGCCAAGGGGGAGCUCUUUCUCAAAUUCUGUUUGUCGAGGUGGGUCGCGGCGUGGUUCCCGCGCCCGACCCCGCUCCAGCUCCAGCUCUAGUGUGCAGCACCCAUCACCAAGCCGCUCGGAUGCGGUGCCCAAUUUACCAUCCCAGGAGAAAAAUGCCAACAUUCCAACUCCCAGAUAUACACGCACAACAAAUGCAUCUCCUAGCCCUGUUGGGUUAGACAAAGUUGAGAAUGAUGAAGGAUGCAGCACUCCUACAGCACUUGAGGAGUGUCCCUUUGCUAGCAGUGCCAAGGCUUCAGUUACAGUUAGGGCUGCUGGAGAAACACUAGUCAAUCAGGGAGGGGAAGAUGUCGUUGAUGAUGGCCUCCUUGCACUUGACAGUGAGACAAAAGUGGAAGAUGCACUGUUGGUUGGACCUGAAAUAUUGCCAGCAGUUAUUUCUUCUGUGGCAUCAGAAGGGCAGGCACAAGAUGAUGACGAGGAGAAAGCUAUAGGUGUUUCUCCAGAUGGAAGGUUUUUAAAAUUUGAGGAAGAAAUUGGUCGGGGAAGUUUCAAAACUGUGUAUAGAGGUUUGGACACACAAACUGGAGUUGCAGUUGCCUGGUGUGAAUUGCAGGAAAAAAAAUUGAACAAAACAGAAAGAUUACGGUUUCGUGAAGAAGCAGAAAUGUUGAAAGGGCUGCAGCACCCCAAUAUUGUACGAUUCUAUGAUUAUUGGGAAGUAACCCUCACUAAAAGGAAGUAUAUUGUUCUUGUAACUGAAUUAAUGACAUCAGGCACUUUAAAAACAUAUUUACGACGAUUUAAGAAGAUCAAUCCUAAGGUUUUGAAGUCAUGGUGCCGACAAAUUCUAAAAGGGCUUAGUUUCCUGCAUAGUCGAAGUCCGCCCAUAAUACACAGAGAUCUAAAAUGUGACAACAUUUUUAUCACUGGCACAACUGGAUCAGUAAAAAUUGGAGACUUGGGUCUUGCUACUCUUAAAAAUAGAUCAUUUGCUAAAUCUGUCAUUGGUACCCCUGAGUUUAUGGCGCCAGAAAUGUAUGAGGAACACUAUGAUGAAAGUGUUGAUGUAUAUGCAUUCGGAAUGUGUAUGCUAGAAAUGGCCACAUCAGAAUAUCCAUACUCAGAAUGUACAGGCCCUGCACAAAUCUACAAAAAAGUCAUAAGUGGAGUAAAACCUCAAAGUUUUGAAAAGGUAGAAAAUCCAGAAAUACGUGAUAUUAUUGAGCAUUGUAUAAGAUUAAAGAGAGAAGAGAGACCUGGAAUCAAAGACUUAUUAAACAAUGAGUUUUUUGCCGAAGAUUGUGGUUUACGAGUAGAACUAGUUUCUAGAGAAGAGGCAGUUGCAUCUGUUGCAUCAAAAGUAGAAUUUAGAUUAAGAGUUUUGGACCCUAAGAAACGCUCCAAUAAGCAUAAAGAAAAUGAAGCAAUACAGUUUGAUUUUGAUAUCAUAAAUGACAAUGCUGAUGAAGUUUCCCAAGAGAUGGCUAAUUCGGGAUUAAUUAUGGAAGAAGAUGCACGGGUGGUGGCCAAACUUAUUAAGGCGCAAAUUCAAUCCUUAACAAAAGAGCGAGAAGAACGUCGCCAGCUUGCAAGUGGCCAGUUUCAUCCGCUUGAUGCAGAGGUUGGAGAAUUCAGAGACCAACAACGUGAUCUAACCACGGGCUCAGAAUUUUCUCCGGAUUCUGGAUAUGUGACAGUUCAUCAAACUGAUCAAAUCAGCAUGUCCAUGCAAGCUGGUAACCAGCAAACUUCCAUUGUAACUGAGAUUACCUAUUUACCUGAAACCUCAAAUGUGGUCAUAGCACCACAGAGAAUGGAAUCAAUUCAGAUAACUGAAAAUGAUGAACAACAUGUAGAGUUAGGGGAUGUCUCACACUCAAGUGUGCAACAAUCAUUGAUGCAAAGUCAUAUUGCACCUCAAAUACCUCAGCCUCAGAGUCAGCCUCAUUCGCAGCUGCAGACACCCAAUACUUUGAGUCAAAGUCAAUCUACAGGUCAGAUACCUAUGCAGCCCUUAUCACAAGUUCAUAUGCAACAGUUAACUCCACUUCAGAUUCAACCUCAAACACAAGAUCAAACACAGGAUCAAAUUCAAGAUCAGGUCUCUGCUGGUCAGUAUGAGACAAUGCUUGAAAACCAGCAUGAGUCCUCUCUAAGACCAUUUUCUGACCCUCAGCAAGAAUUGUUGAUUUCUGAUGUACUUCCUCAGUCAGACCUUAAAGAACACUCUCAAAUGAGUGCUGAUCUAAAAACCGAGCAUCAUGGUGAUCUGUCGUCUCUUCCUCAUACAGUGGUUUCUACUCAACCCCAGGGACUGACUCAAACAACUUUGUUACCCCAACUCACUUCAGAAGAUCAAAUAAAACUUCAGUCAGCUUUAGAAUUACAGCCCCAAACAUCACAGAAUCAACCUCAACUUCUACCAAGCUUACACGAGACUGUCAAUCAGACAGAACUUCAAGAAAAAGAUGGUUUCCGAAAUGUGUGUCAUGAAUCAGAUGUCAAACUUGGGGCCUCUUCAGACAGUCAACCACAGAUUUCAUCCAGGAAUGACCAGUUACUCUCCCAUGAAGCUUGCCAUGUCAUUUCAGCACCCGUUGGCCAAGAUAUUCCUACAACAGAAUCUCAUCAUCAGUCAUAUGAUACGCUUAGUAAAGAUACUGAGAACCUACAACAAUCACGUUUGACUCAAGUGACAGUCCCAUUGGAACAAGUUCAAGAAACAAUGGUUAAGGAAGAACAACAUUCUGAUCAACUGCAGCCUGUAUACAAUACUGUAACACUAGCACCAUCUUCAUCUAAUGUUUCGCAUCCCACCCAAGUAUUCCAUCAGGCCUCUCAGAUACUGCCUGUGGGUACCGUUGGCAGUGUGAAUGGAGUAUCUGGAGGGUAUGUUGGAACCUUCACUCCAGUCUUUCACCCGUCUGGAGGUACCUAUGUCCAAGCCACCCUUCGGUCUCCUGCUCCUCAGCAGCAAUUGUAUGUGGCUACCAGCUUGCACCAAACAUCAGCACCAGUCAUGUUGACACAAUCCUCACAGUCUGGACAGAAUGCAUUGCUGGAGAUGACUGGUACUGCUACAGCACCAUCUCUCUUGCAAACCAUGUUCCCUGUUCCCACAUUAGAUGGAAACCUUGUGGUGGGGCCUGGUGCUCAUGGAGGCAUGGUGUUGGUUCAACCUGCUGUUCCUACACAGCCACAUCUCCGUGCUCAAGACUCGGAGGCAGGUCAAACGGGUGGAGAGCAAUCUAUCAAUACUGUGGCUGCUGAUAAUGUAAGUUGCGCUUCCGUGCAAGUGUGUGGCGCUACUGCUGGGGCUGAAAAUGUGGCGUUAGCUUCUGCUCAACCCUCAAGCAUGUUAUCGUCGGCGUGUGGACCGCCAUGUGUGCAGAUGGUUCAAACUGUGGGCCCUCAACCACAGUUUUUCCUGGUGCAGCAAAAUUCUGCUUACCUUGUGAGCGAUGUGGGCAAGGUGCCAAAAGUAGCCCAAUAUCAGUCGCCUUCACUCACUCCCAUCCAGACACCAGUCCCGCCAUCAACUCCUGUGCCAGCUUCAAACACCAUAACGCCUGUGUUUCCCGACUCAACUCAUCUCUCAGGCCAGUUCCAAGUGAACCAGGGUAGCCCUUAUUUGACCCCUGCUAAUUGUCCACAAUCAGCUGAAGCACAGGGACAGCAACUUUCCUCAGCUUUGAAGUAUCAUUAUGACUCGCCGUCUCUCCAUCAGCAUCCAACAUCAAUCCCUCCAGUCCACAUUUACACUCCGUCUCCUGAAUCAGUUGACCUGCAGUCAGUAAAUAGAGAAGUCAAUAUAUCUCGAGGGCUAGACGUUGUUUGUGAUACUGAACCAAACCGAUGUCUCAGUAUCAGAGAAGACUUAAAGCAAGCUCCAGUUGAAAAUGGCAGCGUGUCAGAGAUUAAGUUGUCCAACACUGGUACAUCAACGCCAUAUGGAGUGGGCUCUGAGGCAAGCUCUAGAAGAGCGUCUGUGGACCAGGAUCCUAUUGUGCUUAAAUGUUCUGCUUCCCCUCAGUUGGUAGAAUCCUCUGAAGUUGGUGACCAUCCUACUCAUUCUUCUCAAACAACAGUUGAUUCUGGUGUCCUUUCACGAGCUGACAGCACUGCAAGUGAUCCAGCAGAGGCGUUGUCAUCCAGUAUUAUUGCUGCUGCUGGUGGUCUUGGUCUUGUACCUGAAACAGCAACUGAGAGGAGGAACCGUCGCACUAACCAACGAAAGCGAAACAAGGCUGCUAAUGAUCGAGGAAAUAGAUUGACUGUCCUUAGUAUUAAUCACGAUGGCACAAACUCCAGCAGUGAAGAUUCUGAAAAAUCAUCUGGAAGCACUAGUCCUUCUGGAAGCAGGGGACCAACUGUGGAGUGUCAGUUAGAAACAACUAGAAAUAAGACAGUUACAUUCAAGUUUAACUGUGCUGAUUAUGUCCCAGGAGAUGUUGCAAAAAAUCUGGUUGCUGAAAACCUCCUUCCAGAAAGCCAAGCAGAGCUAUUUACUGAAAUGAUCCAAGAGAUUGUCAGACAAGUAAAGGCUGAUCCAAGCAAAUUGCCAGUUGUGUCCCAAUGCUUCCCAUCUGAUACCUCUGGUAGUCCAGUUGCUCACAGACCCAGAGAAAGAGAACGUGAUAAUGACUCUGUCCUGGAUGUUGGCCGAGUGCGUCAUGCUUCACUAACCCGUCAGCGGUCCUACAAAUCCUCUAUCAAACAGCAUCGUCGACACCGAUCUAGAGAUGAAGGAUUACCCUUGGUUGGCUCUGCACCAAAUAGCCCUGUUCAUCACCGUGUGUCACUCACAGAGCAACCAUCCAUGUCAGCCAUAUCAAAUAUUCCCCCCACUGCACAUUUUCCUGUGAUCAAACCAGCACCGGUCCGUAAAGUUUCCCGCUUUCUUGUCAGCACCGUUGCGGAUUCAACUGUGUCCCCAACACCUAUUGGGACAAGUCUAGUCAAGGAAUCCAGCUCGAUUGUUGAGCCUAAAUUGCCAACAUCUGAUGCUCAUUUGAGUAUGGAGUCCUCAGGAAAAGGUUCCAUAGCGCGCAUAGGCAGUGAGUCAUGUCUAAGCCCUUCAAUUGAUAAACAAACUCGCAAAAUUAGUCUACCUGAACCCAUGAGCUCUGCUACCUCAGAAAUGGAUGAAGCUUCAUCUCAACUAACCCGAAGUAUCCCAGAAAAAAGCUAUCUAUAUGGUGAUGGGGAUGGUGCUAUGGGAGGCACACCAGUAUCUGGUGGCACACCAAUACCUGGAGAUUCACCUGGUCAACAUCUGACCCCAGAAAAUACAGUAUUGCCUGGUCAAGAUGGAUUACAUAUCAAGUUGACUCAGCAAAACUCUCUCGAAAAGCAACUGGGCUUUCAGACUGAUGCUGCGGGACCACAAACCAUAGAAGAUCUACAACAAAAAUUAGCACAGUUAACAUCACAACCCAUUGAGCUGGGCAUUGGUGGCACUCCCCCGUCUCAUCCUGCCACUCCUCACAUGCCUUUAUCUUAUGAUACCUAUAUGCAAACUCUCCAACAGAAACUGGCAUCAAUAUCUAUGACUGGAGGAACACAUGUGGGACCUUUGUCACCUCACAGUACAUUGCAUGCAUCUGGUAUGCAAGGGACUUUAUUACCAGCAGCUCUUGAAGUGCUUCAACCGUCAGGAGGGCUCAUUGGUCUGGAAGGAGUCUCACUCCUGCCAUCAGAACAGCAGUUAGCAGUUCAGCAGUUUGCUUCUCAACCACUUCAGUCUGUCCAGUCACCUCUUACAGCUGUUGUUCAACCUGUGACUGUCUUAGCCACAACUGGACAAAAUUCACCUGCUGCUGCUACUCUCUUGCAACAGGUAACUGUAACGCCAGUGGGUGAAGUUAGUGGAAUGAGUAGUGGGGUGAUGUCCCCAAAUCAAACCUCUUCCCGGGAUGAGAUGCAUCGUCCAAACAGACCCAGACCAGUUGAUCUUGCUGAUCUCGAACAAGAACUUGCCAAGAUCCACACUGGAUAUCGACGUGAUUUACAAACACACUAUUUAAUUGGACAGUCACAGCAGGUUCUGCCACCGCCGGUGUUAACUACACUGCACCCAUUAUCCAUGGGGGCCAUACCUUACACGCUGCACCCACUGCAUGCAACCACAGGCCAACCUCCUGGGCCAAAGGACCCCUCACUUGCACAAGUAGAAGCUGGUGCACAGGCAGAGACUCAAGAUGACAAUGGCCAAGAAACUGAAAGUUUUCAAGAUAGCAAUGCUGGAAAUCAUCCAGAAAGGCGACCUUCUAGAUUUCAAGUCAGUAUUGUGCCAGAAGACAAACCUGCUGAAAAGGAGAGAGUUAAAAGUGUGCCAAGCAGCAUGGGUGCAAGCCCUAUUGCUCCAGCCACAGCUACUGCUGUCCGUAAGGGCCGGUUCAGUGUUGUAACUCAUCCUGAUGCCAGCCUUAUUGGUGUAAGAGACACGCAUGCUCCUGCCAGCUCACCCAUAGAUGCAACACCACCUUCACCUCUUGAUGUGUCAACUGCUGCAGAUCCCGCUUUAUUCCAUGUCUUGCACAUGACAAAUCAGCAGUAUCCCGAGCAGCAAUGGACCACUCAUCAGAUCAGCCUGAUUCCAAAGGCUCAGUCUCAGCAGGCAGUCCAGCAUACACCACCUGUUUAUUUGGUUGCCCCUCAUGAAAGUGCUGUGCCACAACAGCUCAUCACUGGAUCUCUACUCAUCCCAUACUCUAUGUCACAAACUACACCCCAGAGUGUUCCCCAGCUUAAUCCUCCAAGUGUUUCCCGAGGCAUCCCUCAUGGUGCCACAACAAGUGUGCAUCAUAAAUUACCACAAAACAUAGUCCCAGUGAAGAGGCCACGUGCUCACACCAUGGAAAGCUACCGAUCUGGUAUAUUACGUUCUCACAGAAGAGAAGAUGGGGCUACGAGUCCUACCAGUCCCACUAGCCCAACAUGGUAUGGUUCAUACUCUCCUGAACUGUAUUCAUCAUCUCCGGAGUCGGCCCGUGGUAUUCAAGAACCUUACCACUUUAAUUUACAUAAUAUCACUAAAUUCCCAUCUGCUUCAGACCUUGUUGGAAACAAGGAAGGGAAAAGAUCAAGUAAAAUACCUAUACCUGUGAAAGCUGAUCGCCUGGGCAAAUAUCUACCUAUGAACUCUCCUCCAAGAAAAACUAGCAUGCCUGGAAUUAGCAGCACAGGUUCAUCACAUAAGUUUUCCACUAAAUGUCCUUGUCCAACGGGUAGUCUGUCGGAAUUUCAUAGUAGAUCUGUCAGUCCUCCAGCUCCUCACCGAUGGACAAGCCAUGGUGAUCUUUCCCUUUCUAAGGACAUUAAUUUGAGACUUCACUACCCUUCUUCUGAGAGACUUCAAUUGUCUUGUUCUCGUAUUACCCAUCAUGAGGGUACAAAAGAAGCUGUCAAUGAAAGAGUUCGUAGACGGAGUAUGGAGAACAAAUACACUUACUCCGAUCAACAUCUUGCUCAUCAUCACCCUCAUAAGCAUCAAUCUUCUGGAAGUGAGCCAUGGGAUAUUCUGAAAGCAAGAAUGAAGCAAGCUCGAAGUCAAGAGUUUUUAAGUGCACGAGUUUCACCAGAUCAGGAAGUGCCUUUCUUCAGUACAUAUCGUUCCCGCACACCUGCUCCUGUACCUGAACCUGUUGCUAUUCCAGAGGAAUAUGAGCCAGUGUAUCAUACUGUACAUGCUGGCAUGCGACCGCCUGUUCACUUGGCAAAUUGGUCGCAGGAGGAAGGACAGAGACCCUGUUUACUGCAUUCACAUACUUCACAUGCAAAUCCAUGCUCUCGAGCACCCAUGCCGCGUUUCAGUUCGAGGAGUCAUCCUGCACCUUCAUUGGAUUCGUCACUGGACACAAGUACUAUGGGAAGUGAUGACCUGAACCGUUUUUCUCAUCGUGCACUGCUCGGCUAUUGGCAGGAUAUUACUGAUGACGCUCCUUUGGAAGAUAAUGAAGAGUACAGAAACUUACUUAGAAGACAGCAAAUUGAGCUUGAUGCUAUGCAGAGACGGCACCGAGAAGAGGUGGAGAAAUUACGAGCACAGAUUUCAGCACGGCAUGGCAAAGGCCAGGUUGGCUUGGGAAACAUAAUUGGAGGCCCACAGCAGGUCACUGCAGUACAACGACUAGUUUCCCUUUCCCCUCACGAGGCUGCAGCUAUGCUUGCGAGACCUGUGUUUUACCAAGCACUUUCUCCAAUUCAUUGCCAAGUCGGUCAGGCUGGCUCGCUCGCUGGUGUGGCGGGGGUCGGGGCCGGGGCCGGGGGCGCGGGCGGUGGCAGCAUGGAGGACUGCCUUGUGUACAGUACUGCCCCCCAGUCCCCAGUUGGAUCCCAAACUGGGUCACAGUACGAGACGCUCGGGGCCUCCCCACCCACCUCGCCUGCUAAGGGUUGCCAGAUUCCCAAUGGACUUCAAGAAGCCACGACAGCAGUCGCAGCAGCACCACAAGCAGGAGCAGCAGCAGGAGCAGCAGCCAAGACAGAGGGGAGUGUGCUAGCUCUACAGUCAGGUGAAGGGACAGGAUCAGGUUCAGGCAUCAAUCUUGGUGCUAGUCCAUUAACAGGACUGCGUGCAUUACACAUUGCAGCACCUACAGGUUAUUAUUUCCAACCCACUUCUGUUGCUCCACUCCUUCAAUCAGGAAUGCGAUUUGUGUAUGGACCACCUGCUAGGCAGCAAGUUAACUCCUCUAACACUGUGUCAAAUUCAAGUUCAAUUGAUCUUGACUCACCACCCUCUUCCCCUUCAAGCAACCCCAAAAGAACUUAGUAUUUUAUUUCAGAUGAAGAUAUGUAAGUAGGUAGUAAUAUUUAAUGUUUGAGUGUUAGCUUACAAUAAAACAUUAUAUAAUGUAAACAGUAUAAAGUUGCAAUCAACUUUCACAUUUAAUUGGUCCCAAAUUUUGUUUCUUUAAGUUUAUUUUUAAGUUUGUGAGUAAAGAUGUGUUAAGAGUGAACAGUUAAGUUCUUUCCUUGUUAACAUGUUUUAAAGUUUCAAUUUUAUGUAUUAGGUGCCAAAAUAGUUUUGGUUUUCCUUCCCUCUUCCACAUGAGCUUGCUGUGUGAUGAAUAUGAUGUUAGGGGGAAGCAUCCACAAGUCAAAUCUUGAAGCAUCACAUUAUAAAAGUAUGUGUACCAUACUAAAGGCUCAAUGGAGAUUGUGAUCACGAGAUCAUGCUUUGAAUAUCAGUAUAGGAAAAACAAGGUAUGUGAUAAGCUUUUUUUUUUUAGAAAAACAAAAACAAAAAAGAAAAUAAAAAACUAAUAGAUUUUCAAUGUCAGAGCUAUCUGUACAGUAUCUAAUAUUUCUAAAUUAUGGUAUUUAUUUUAUGAACAUUUGUUUGUUAAGUUCAAUGGACAGAGUUAUAUUUAUUAUCAGAGAUUUUCUUUAUUUUAAUUGACAUUGCUUAAGAAUGUAUUGUCUUCUCAUGUGAGAAGUAAGUCUUUUUUAAAAUGCCAAGACACAACCCACGCUUGAUAAGUCUCAUGGCAUGCAUCCCGUGUUCUUAUCUCUAAUGUGUAAUCAUCUACCCUUUUUGUUUUGUCCUGUUAAACUGUAGUGAUACUAACAGAUUAAAAACCUGACUUAUUUAGUCUCAUCCUGGACAGAAAUCUCACAUUAUGUACAUUCAAUAGAGAGCUUCUGGCAUUGGUUAGGCACAAUCUCGCCACUAUGAGGUCAAAUGAGAAAUCAUUUUAUGAGCCUCUGGCAAUUGGGACUAUGGUGCUUUACUAGUUUCACAAUUUUAUUUAAUGAAUUUGUACAGAAUUUAGUGAUAUGUUACAGACGAUAUGAAUGUGGCCUAGACUGUAAGGAACUUAUUUCUUGAUUGGUAAAAGACUGAACUAAAAUGCAGCCUAUCUUGUGGGAGACUGACCAUUGUUUGCACAGAAAUGGAGUUAGUCAUGGUGUUCUAUAUUUGUGUUUCAAUUGAUUCUGUGUUCUAGUACCAAUGGCCAAUUUGAUUAGUUUCCAAGUCAAUGCUUUAUUUGUCUAUGUUUUAGUGGUAUGAUAAUGUGCAUCCCAAAAGGUUAAUUACGUAGUUGUAUUGUAGGCUGCUUUCACAAUAGCUUAUGAUUCUUUAACUCAUGGGCGUAAUGUACAUUUAUCUCAUUGUCUAAUCAGAGUAAGUGCACUGCUCUCAUGUUCAAAGGCAAGGAAAAGUUUUUAUCUGUAAUUUAUUUUCUUACGUAUCUCUUAGUUGCUGCAAUAACCAAAUUUGUGAAGGACAACCAUUCCAAAAGCUUUCCUCAGUUGAAAGGUAAAUAUUCGAACGAAGCUAAUAAAGCUAAAUAUGUGAUGUAAUGUUAAACUCAUAUUCUUGAGACAUGUCGGUUUCAUUGAUGUAUGGUAGGUACAUAAGUUGCAGGUACUACCUGAUCAUCUCCUCGCUAUCUUGGUAAACAACAGAAUACAAUAUGUGCUCUUUUAACAAUUUAUGGCAUGCCUCAUUACUGUGAUAAAAUAAGUAUAGAUUGGUAACAUCAGAUAGUAAAGCUGAUAUAAGUUGAGGACUGUGAUCUUAUUGUUCUUUCUAUCUUUGCUAAGCAUGGAUGAUAGUACAGCUGUGAAGGGUAUGUGUAUUUGGAAAAAACCUUAGCUUAAAAUUUGGUGAUUUGCAAUGUCAGAGUUGACUUAUUGCAACAGAGAAGUGUGGUAUCAAAAUCUUUGAUGAUAAGGAAGUCAUGAAAUCGUACCCCUUACCCUAAGAACAAUGGUGUGCCUGUUUUUCACAAUUCUGUUGCUCUGGAAGUUUUAAAUGACCUGGAUAUACUACCAAAUUUUAGCUCUCCUACAGUUUUAUGCAAUGAAGAUUGUUUUAAACCAGAUUAUUUUAAAUGUAUGACCAAAACAAAACAUCUUUUGUGAUGAAACACAUAUUUCAAUGGUAUCUUUUACUGAGUCUAAUUGUGAAAUGCUGGGCACUGCAUUUUUUAAUGCAUUUCCCAGAAAUACUCUGUAUUAAGUGAUGCAUUUGAAUCUUUUCACAAUUUGGUACAGUUUUACCUUAUUUAUUAAUGUUGAGGUGAUAUCUGUGAAAACAGAACAAAGAUUGUUGCUGGCUGCACCAUAUCACCUAUAUUUUGUUUUAUGUGCCUUUUUAAGUUUUUUGUCUAUCUCUUUUCACCUUCCAUAUAACAGAAGGGCAUCUUUUUACCCUUGCGAGCUACCGCUCUGUCGCACUUCUUGUGAUUUGUUUAGAGUAUACGAAACGGUUCUUUAACAUAGCUUAGUGUAUCUUUAUUGGCUAUUCUUCCCUACUUGUUAAAAAGAGAAAUAGGUGUAACUUCAUCUGUGGUGCUUUGUACAUGCCCUUUUAUUUGAAAGCAGAUCCAAGCUGUUAAGAACAAUUAUCAAGCUUGUCCUGGUUUGUAAAUAUUUUAUCAUAAUUAUCAUAGCUAGUAAUGAUCAUCUAGCUCUUUGUACAAAAGACCAAAUAUAUUAAGUGAUUAUUGGAAUAACUUCAAAACCAUCAGCAGAUAGCAAUUUCACUUUCUAGUCUUAUUUUUAAUCUUUGGGAGUGAGAGAGAGAGAGAGAGGAAGUAGGCAUUUUGGGAUACACACUAUAUACUUUAUGUAGAGAUAAUUUUAUGUUAUAUCAGUUGGUUUGAAGUGAUAGGUGUCAUCUUUUAUUGUUUUAUUGUCAUGUGCUUGUGGCUGAUGAGAAGUCAAAUGUGGUGCUGUGGAAGAUGGUUAUUGUAUUAAAGAUGAUAUCAUUUGGAA